CAGAUUUACCCCUAUUACUACGUACCUAGGAUGUAACUUCGAGACUUCAGAAAUUUCUUAUCCACUGGGUUAAGCAUCUAAUGGAAAGCCGCUCGUUAGAACUAAUUGUUAAAUGCAUAUUUGGUUGGAGACAACGUCCAUUUGCUGCAAUAUGACUUCUUUAUUCGCCAUAGGUCUCCCGCAGGAACACAAUUACCCAAGUUACUAGAGACUACGUUGUUGUCUUGAACCGGCUUCAACUUUGAUUACUUCAUUUACAGUCUCCAAAUCCCCGCGGGGUCGACAGGCUCCCCGCACCUGCGGAUUAGACGAUGCUCUUUUUGGUAUUGAACGACCUGGGAAUAUCUGCCGAGCCCAGCUUCAGGGACUAGCUACAGUCUAGUUCCAUGACAUAGCUCUUACCAAGAUGGUCCUUCGGAACAGGGGUCUUUAUGAGCUCGAUCUGGAGUGACAUAUAUACUUAGCUAAAUAUCAACCCGAGUCAAGGCCAGAUGUUAAUCCUCUUGGGAGUGUGCAUUCAACGAUAGUCUCGAUUAAAAUUCGCCUCUAGACACCAUGGUAUCUGAGCUAGCAGAGCUGAAGGAGCAGGUCGCUCUCCUCCGAAAUGAGGUCUCGCGCAUCUCAGAUGAAGCUGAAGUGCGAAAAACUCACUUCAAGUAUGGCUACUAUCUUGACAAGUGCCUAUAUAAUGAGGUUGUGGACAUGUACGCGGAUCAUCCAGAUACUUAUGUGGAAUUCCUUGGGUCGCGAUAUAGAGGAAAAGAAGGCGUUAAAAGACUCUACAACGGUCGUUUUCAGCAGACCUUCGUUAACGGACGUAACGGCCCAGUCCGUGGUUUUCUGCUAGAUCAUAUUAUGAUGCAAGAUAUUGUCGAUGUUGACCCUAGCGGAACACAUGCCUGGUGCAGAAUGCGCGCUCUGAUGCAGGCUGGAACGCAUACAUCUGUCAAGGAGACUCAUCCACGCGGACAUGUCCAAUGGUGGGAAGGUGGCCUCUACGAGAACGAGUAUAUCAAAGAGAACGGCGUCUGGAAGUUAUUCCGAUAUCGAUACUUCCCAUUCUGGCAUGCUGAGUAUGAGAAAGGCUGGUCUCUGACCAAGGAGAACUACAUCCCAUGGCCUAGCAAGACCUACCCCGAGGACCCCUUAGGCCCUGACGAGAUCAUCGAACAAAAGAUGCUCUGGCCUGACACGCGCGUGGUGCCCUUCCACUAUCCGCAUCCGGUGACGGGAAAGAAGACCGAGGAUGACGAUCUUCGCGCGCCGCACUUUGGUAAGGAUGCAAGCACGUCCGAGGCACCGCUCACUCUAGCACUGCCGGAGGGGCAGACUCGGCCUGGAGCGGGGAAGACCUGGACGAGCGAGGGCUCGGUGAGGGUUCUGCCUGAUCUAGUUCAGAACGCGUAGUGCUGGGUUGCAAUAUAUAGCCUAAAGGGGAAUAGGGGGCUGUCUGGAAUCUGGGGUAAAGAGUAUCUACAUAUAAUCGACCCCACUUCCCCAACGCCGAGAUACAUGGUAGACACGAGCCUAUAGUUACAUACGCGAAGCUGUUCUAUUUAAACGUAUUCUCAUAUGCCU